UUGCCAGCAAGCGAACGCUUAGUGAACAGCUGUAGCUAGGUUAGUGUUUAUUAUUUGUUCGCUCGCAGUUUUCACCCGAUUGUUGGGCGCAUAAUUGGUAAUUAAAUUAAUCCAAUGAAAUAAAUGCUGUAUAAACUUGGAGGGAGCUCAGGUCGUUACUGAUAAGCGCCGAAAUCGGCUAAACUUUGGAAUUUAAGCUCAUUUGCUUUUUGGGCACUUCAGAGCGCAGAAAUGGACUCGGACGACAACUCAAGUGGCACCGUUACCGGCAGUGAUCUCGGCCAGCGUUAUCGGCAUGCAGGCGACUUAACUGGCGAAGCCCCAACCAGACCCUUCGCCGAAAUCAGCAUUACGGUUCCAUGGGGACACAUAUCCGGCAAGUGGUACGGUCCGCAGAAUGUCCAACCGAUUUUGGGACUUCACGGGUGGCAGGACAAUGCGGGAACCUUUGAUCGUCUGGUGCCACUGCUGUCGCCGGACGUGGCUUUCCUCUCGAUCGAUCUUCCUGGCCACGGGCUAUCAUCCCGACUGCCCGAUGGCUGCUACUACAACUCCGUGGAUAAUUUGUAUGUGAUCCGCCUGAUCAUGAAGCAAUACAAGUGGGAGAAGGUAUCCUUGAUAGGACACUCAAUGUCCUCCAUUAUUUGCUUUGUUUUCGCCGCGGUCUUCCCGGACAAGGUGGACAUGAUCAUUGGAAUAGAUGCCCUGAAACCUCAUCAGCGUCCGUAUCCGUCGGUUAUUAGGACCAUGGAAACCCGUCUGGAUGAGUUCUUGCGGGAAGACGAAAGGAACCGGAGUAAGAACGAGCCGCCGAGCUACACCUACGAUGAACUUAUUGAGAGGGUCUAUAUCGGCACAUUCCAUUCGGUGAACAAGGAGCACUGCAAGCAUUUAAUGGCUCGCAACAUUGGCAAGUCAGAGAAGUACCCGGAUAAGUACUUCUUCUGCCGCGAUCGGCGUCUCAAGUUUUACAACUAUGCCAUUGGGUCCCAGGAGCUGUGUGUGGAAAUGGCCAAUCGGAUCACAUGUCCUUACUUGUUCAUCAAGGCCGCCCAGUCCUCGUAUUUCGAAGACAAGAAGUACUACGACGAGGUGCUGGAUGUGCUGUUAAAGAAGCCCAACUUUGAGUACCUGGAGGUUAAUGGCUCACACCAUGUGCACAUGAACGAUCCAGAGGCCAUCAUUGCGCCGUUCAACAACUUUAUCCAGCGCUUCGGACCGGCGGCAGCGGCUGCAUCCCGCCAGAAGGCCAAGGAGGCGAAGGAGAGCAAGCUUUAGACCACUACAGUGGUAACUAGAGCUUAUUUAUCGAUGUACAGAUUGUACAGGUUUUUAUACUUAAUUGUUUAUGCUAUGUGAUCGCGGCAGAGGACUCGGCUCUGCUAUAAAUAUACAAUGUUCAUCAGCCGA